AUGGCACAAAAGCUCGACUUGGGUCGAUCUACUCUGCGAAUCCGAGAUUCAAAGUUGCAGCUUCGCCUGGCCGCAUCGGCUAAUUUCACCCAGCCACUAAGCCAUGCAGCCCCUCAAAUACCAAUUGACCUCUCACACUUUCCAAAUGUUGAAAGCGUAUGGAUAACAGAGGCACCAGAGCUGGAGUUGCGCUUCUUCAUUGGGGGAAACUGGGGUCGAAAUGAAGCACUGGCAUUCAUCUCAAAAUUGAGAGGCAAACUCUGUGGCAUGGAGAUCUGGUCAGACCUGGGAUUCUCAGUUGAGAUCAAGACGGGUGCACACGAAUAUUGCAUUGACACUUCUGGUACCCACUGCCUCGAACUUGGUCUGCGCAGAGGAUGGCCAAUACAGAAUCACACAACGGGUCGGACUUUACCUAGUAUGAUGACCAAUCCCCCAGACGCGUGUCCUCCUUCCGGUGUACCAGUAGCUACAUUGGCUUCAAUUGAUGUUCGGCUGGAGUAUCGCUUUCAAGGCAAGGAUAUACCGCAAUCCCAGGAUCCUUUCGAGUUGGAGGUUGGUCUUGGACAAGGAUCAUCGGUUUUCCCCGGCCCUCAACGGCUAGACACAAUGACAGAAGUCGCGAUCCUACAGGCAGUGCACGACGAGGAUUUCCAUGAAGCUAUUGGAUCUCAGUUUUCUUGCAUAUCUGGAGAUGGAUCAGACCCAUCACUCGAGGAACUCCUCCGACUGUUCGAUCUUGGAAUCAAAAGACUGGUCAUUUCCAACUCAAUUAAAGAUCCCACGAUUAGUGUCUCACAGCAGGCCACGCUCAAGAGCCUCGCAGAUAUCUCGCCCGUGGUGUUCGACCCUGGAUAUCGGGACGCGAUGAACCAGCGAGGAGUAACAAUUCCAAUAAUCACCAAAGCCGUAUCAUCUAUGCUGGCAGGAAACAAAGAUCCAUCCACCCAAGCUAAACUAGCAGAUUUGUUAGAGCUCGCUUGCUCCCACCACACCCACCCCCACACGGGUGAGUUGAUGAUACAGCCUCAAUUUCCAAGUUGGGGGACUGCAGUCCUCUCGUCACUUUGGCGUGUCGCCCAGAAAAAUGUGCCCAAGACAAAACCCAUGAAAAGACGAGCUUCGAUGCUCUCUGCAGAGUGUCUAUCAACUGGAUUGACUGGAUCAAACGAAACCGUCAGUCGCAUGCCCACGGAUCAGCAACAAUCCGACAGCGGAAAUCCCGGACUGGGUCGUUCUUCCCAAACACAAUAUCACGACGAGAAUGAAGAAAGUGACGUAUGUCUGUUGAAUAGCGAAUCUGAGGACCAGCUUUUGGACAAUUUAAGCGAAACAAGCUUCACAGACAUUGGGGAUUCGACUCAAACAUCCCUUGACACGUUACUCUCAACAACUGGGUCUUCUCAGACUUCAUACGGUGAUCAUGACGCCAUGCUUCUCUCGGAUCAUGGCGAAUUGGCGGAUUGUCCGGGAAACUAUAUGACGGAUAAUGAUCCCCGAGAGGAUAUGGAGGCAUACGACACGGACAUUAUAAUGGCUGACUACCUUUAG